GUUCACCUCCAACUUUAUUUGACAGGUGACAUAUGUCAUAAAAUCAAAUAAUCAAUAUAAACAUAUAUGCAAAGCAAAUAUAUGUUUGAGAAGUAAUUGAAGUUUAAUUAAAUUAUACGAAAUGGCCGAACUACAAAAUCCAUUACCUCCAGGAUGGGAUUGUAGAAGAGACGCAGCAACAGGAAAACUUUAUUAUAUCAAUCAUUAUACCAAAACCACAACAUGGGAAGAUCCAAGAGGAAAGCAUAGAAUCAUACAGAACACUCAGAAACAUCCUAACAGUGCUCAAAAUGAGUAUAUUCCAAUGCAGCACGGAACCCCAGAAUCACGAAGAAAUUAUGUGUACCCUCGUCAGAAUUCUCCUAUACCAGCAUUUCAAAUGCCAACACACAUGACUACUAAGAGUUUACCUUUGCAGGACAUGAAACCUAAAAUCAGUCCAUUAACUGUAAGAUCAUCUAAGGUUCAGGAUAGUUCGUUAAACUCAGCAGAUCCGGAGGAAGCAACUGUGGCCAAAAUUGCAGGAAUGUUUCCCACCGUACCAGAAACUCAUAUUAAAAUGCUGUUAAAAAAGUAUCACAGUCGUGAGGCUCUCGUAAUAAGUGCCUUACAAGUGGAGAAGUAUCCAAUAACGACGCCGGGUCCUUUUGCGACUCCUCCCCCCCAACGAAACAUUCACGCUACCCCUCCAUUGGGGUUUCGCGUUAAUUCUAGAUGCAACAGCCCUGGACCGACGGGCUCUCCCGCACCUGGUUGCUUUCGUAGUUCGCCUAGACCUCACUCAUCACCAAAAUUAAAAUUAAGGUAUAUGAAAUCCAUUUUCCCACAAGCAGAUGAAAUGAUUAUUUUGGAUAUUCUCCAAAAUAACGAUAGCAACAUACAAAAAACGUCUGAAAUUCUCAAAGAUAUGGGGUACGUACGAAAAGAUACGGUGAAAAUCGCUCAACAGAAACUUGAAGCGAAAAAAGAGGAAGAAAGGAAAGAGGAACAAGAAAUCGCAGCCGCAAAUGUACGUCCUCCAAUUAAAAAUAGCGAAGACAAGAAAAAAAUAAAAGCAGCAUUGCAAGACAAGUAUAAAGAUAUAGCGGAGCACUUGAUUUGUAUAGCUUUGGAAAGCGUGAAUUUCGAUGAAGAAAGAGCAAAUCAGAUAAUACAAAUAAUGAUUCAAGAGGAUCAAACUACUAACAAUAAAAAAGAUCAGGAUUCUGUGGAUGCAUUAAAUCAGCCCUCGACAUCUAGUGCCGUAGAUAUACCAAUUUCUCAAAGUAGACAAUCAUUAAAAUCUCUAUUGAAAACUGAAAAAGAACUGGAAAAGACCAGUUAUUCGCGGUUGGUGGAAGAAGAAUCGUCGGUAUAUAAGUCGCCGAAUUUAAGUAAUACUCGAGGACCAAAUCCCGAAUAUGCAAAAGGUGCCAACGAAAAAUUACUUUUGGAGGAUUACAUGAAAUGGCAAGGUCCCAAUUCCACUUUAUCAACAGGUAGUCUGGGAUUAGCGAAGGGACACAAUCCGAAUUUAUUAUCCAACAGAGGCUACAAACCUAUGGGACCGAAUAGAAAUCUUAUAAAAGGUCCACAAUGUGGCUUGUCUAAAGGCAGUAUAUUUUCGCAAUUCAAAACUGCCGUUUUUGUUGGAGAAACUCGUGGCGAUUAACGGUUUUGUAAUAUAAUAUAAAAGUCUAGAAUCUCUUGACGUGGAACCAUUGGGUCUCCAAUUGAUUACCAUUAACAGUACUUUCUACCAUUAACUACUUCAUUAUGUAUGUUGCACUUAAUUUUCAUUUUGAGUCGACUUAUCACACUGAUUUUUUAUGUUGUCCAAGGUAUAUGGAAUGUUUUGAAAGAACAAACAUGAGCGGAUUCGUUAUCUAUUUCUAUUCUUUUUAUCAGUUUGACUAAUUGCUCGUUCAAGUAAUCGAAAUUUUUCUUCAUACGCCAAGUAGCAAAUACGGGACGGGAACUUGUAGCGAGGGAGGGUAGUUAAGUCGAAUAACUUAAAUGAAUACCUGGCUGGAAAAACGUUGCAUGUAACGGAAAUUCAAUUGUUACUAUUGAAAUUUCUUUAACCUUUACUCCUAAGAUUAGAAACCGGUUGGGUAAACUGGUAUAAAUGUUAUUAUGGCUAAACGGUAUGUCUUUGUUAAUAAGGAUAGCUGAGCCUCCCCUUCCGUCAUUUCUAUCUUGCCGAAUGAUUGUGUAAUGUGGGAAAGCAAUGCUUUGAUCCAGUUUGAAAAAUGUUUCAUUCAGAAGAAUUAUGUCUGGCUGUUUUUCAUGUAUUAAAACUCUUAACUCCGAAUAAUUCGAAUAUAAACUUCUAAUGUUUCAUUGUAGAAUAAUUAAUUCUUUUUUCCUUUUCAUUUGUGCGUCAGAUUCAUCAGGGCUGUUUGGUAUUGGCAUCUCAUAUACUUCAUAAUUUUUUAUUGAGAUCUUGGUUAUGUUGGAUUGUGAUAUGUGAUUGUCAAGUCGUUUGGGAUAUGGAGGCCCAGGGCCCCCCGAAUUCAAUGAUAUGAGUGCUUAAAAUUAAGGUUAGGUUAAAAUAAGGAAAAUAAUAAA